GAACUUCUAUCCUAUCUGCAUGUCAACCCGAUCCCCAAGUUAACGGACUAUGAGGUAUGCAUUGCCGUGAGCCUGGUAGACACCACUACACUGGAAACUGGCUGGGCAAAUAUCGGUGGACUUGACGACCUCAUUACCGAUCUCCGAGAAUCAGUGAUUCUUCCGUUCCGUUCUGCCUACUUUCUGCCACAAUCAAAACUCUUCCGUGCCCCUAAGGGUGUCCUGCUCUAUGGCCCGCCGGGCUGCGGCAAAACCCUGCUGGCGAGGGCUACCGCUCGUGCUGCCAAUGCGAGGUUCUUUAAUCUACAGGUGUGUGUGUUCGUGUGUAUCGAUGCAGUCCUCAAGACGGUCUAUUCGUUUCUAACAACUCGCUCUGUUCACGACAAUGAGUCGACACGUAUGAUGAAGACCCAGUUUAUGGCUCUCUGGGAUGGACUUCUCUCUGAACCAGACAGCCGCAUUAUUGUUAUUGGUGCUACCAACAGACCCAGUGAUCUCGACAGUGCCAUACUUAGGUGCAUGGUUCGGUUUUAUUUUACUCCGGAGUUUUUGAAGUCCUUUGCUGAGCAAACAGAAGGUCUGUCGGGCAGUGACCUUUUCGAGAUUUGCCGUGAAGCCGCCUUAAGGGGCUUUCGUGCCUGGCUCCAUGCCUCUCCAUCAUCCCCACAAUCUGUCGAAUCCUCUUCCACUAGCCCGUAA